CUAAGUACGAAGUACGUCAUCUCGAUCGAAAGACGGUUACACCACCAAGAACUUAGGAAUGCCUAAGUUGUCUAAUUACAACCAUCUAUAAUAUACUCAAUACCAACCCAACCGAAGAAUACUAAAGCUCUCGAUAUAAACCAAAAUGCCUGAGACAUUCCAGACCGGCAAGAUUGACAGCGACUCUCAGUCGAACUCUACUAGUGAGGCAGCUCAGACUCGAAGCGCUAAGCUUUUCGCAGCCCACAAGGCCAACCCAGGUCCUGUCGUCCCUCAAAGUAUGCCAGAGCAAGAGGGGACUAAGGAGGAAAGGCAAGCGAAGGCUAAGGAGCUGAACAAAUAGACUUGGCUAUGGCUCGGAGCGAUCCAUGGGCGGGAUGUAAUGAUAUUAAACUGGAAGAGGGUUCUUAGAUAUUGAGACCAUUCGAAGGAAUACGCCGUAUGUACAGAUCCGUAAUGAUAAGUAUUAUGAUAACAAGAAGGUAUAAAUAUUGUAAUACUUGUUAUUAGUCUUGACCACUAUUCAAGAUCGGUACUUCGUACAUGUUAAUCUGAUCAUACCUCUCCAAAUAAUCAAUGUUCUUUUCGUCCUCAGUUAGGUGCAUGUAAAUAGAAUGACCGCAUCCAUGUAGCAUGGUUAGGUAUUCGGUAUCAUUAUCUAUCCGUCACCGAGCUUCGAAUUCGAUUGACCGCUUUAU